AACAACAACGACGCAUGUAAGGUGGAGCUUGAUGGCGGCACUCUCGUCUCGAAACUCAUCUUGUUGUUUAAAGUGAAUUUGAAUGCAUUGGGAGCUCACUUUAAUCCAACGGACCUUGCGUUUCAUCGUCUCUUAUUUUGUGGACAUUGAUGUGAGUUUCGUCGAGGAUUAAUUGCGAUUGAAAAUGGCGUUACGCCACAAAGGAUGGGAAUGUUGCUUUUCAUGUCGGAGUGAAAUAUGGAUUAUUUUUCUAUAUUUCUGUUUCAUUUUCAACCUCGCCAGUUGCCAGAUCCGGUAUUCUAUUCCGGAGGAGAUGAAAAAGGGGUCUCUUAUCGGCAACGUUGCGCAGGACUUAGGGUUGGAUCUGAAAAGGCUUCGUUCAGGCCGAGCAAGAAUCUUGACGGGAGAAAGCCCUCAAUACGCCGAUCUGAAGACAGACAAAGGGAUUCUAGUCGUGAAUGAGAGGAUGGACCGAGAACAGCUCUGUGGCGACGUUACACCUUGUAGCUUGAGCUUCGAACUCAUUUUAGAAAAUCCAAUUGAACUGCAUCGUGUUACACUUGAAAUACUGGACAUCAACGACCAUACUCCUUCUUUUAAAAAUAAAAACUUGAAUCUGGAAAUAAGCGAAUCGGCAACAUUGGGCACUCCGUUUGAUUUAGAGAGUGCAGAGGAUCCUGAUGUAGGGCAUAACAGUUUGCAAAAUUAUGUGCUUACAGCUAAUGAACAUUUUGUUCUCAAACAACAAUCAAACAUGGAUGGAAGUAUAUUUGCAGAAAUGAUUCUCCAGAAACCGUUAGACAGAGAAAUGAAUCCUCAUCUCUCGUUAAAACUAAUCGCAGUUGACGGUGGAACUCCACAGAAAUCUGGUACAGUACAUAUAGAAAUUACGGUUCUGGAUGCCAAUGAUAAUGCUCCUGUGUUUAAUCAGUCUGUGUACAGGGCUACAUUAAUAGAGAAUGCACCCAUUGGGACCUAUAUUACAACUGUCAAUGCUUCAGACGCUGAUGCUGGCCCCUAUGGUAUGGUAACUUACUAUUUCUCUAACUUAAAGGGUGGCUUGGCUGAUUUGUUUAAUAUUGAUGUUGCAUCAGGUAAAAUAUCGGUUACUGGUAAAAUCGACUUUGAAAAAGAUAGAAAAUAUGAAUUAAGAGUCGCAGCGAAAGAUCAGGGGGGACUGAAUAACGGGAGUAAAUUAAUCAUCGAUGUAAUGGACGUCAAUGAUAACGCUCCAGUAAUUAAUGUGAUGUCAUUCUCUAGCCCUGUUUCAGAAGACGCCCUUACUGGGACCACAAUAGCUGUAAUCAAUGUAAAAGAUUCGGAUUCAGAGAAAAAUGGAAAGAUAACAUGUUCAAUUGAUUCCAAACUCCCGUUUAAAAUACAGUCAUCCUUAACAAAUUAUUACAACCUGCUCUCAGAUGUAGUUUUUGACCGUGAAACAACGUCAGAAUACAACAUAACCAUCACCGCCACAGAUUCAGGCUCUCCACCCUUAUCCAGUGCAACAACUUUAAGGCUCGUUAUUUCUGAUGUGAACGACAAUGCACCAAUAUUCACCAGAAAGAGCUAUUCAGCUCAUGUUGUAGAGAACAAUGAGCCAGGGGUCUCAAUAUUCACUGUCAGUGCUCGAGACGUAGACUGGAAUCAGAAUGCCAGAGUGUCGUAUCUUCUGGAGGACACGCAAGUCAGUGGUAGUCCAGCCUCUACUCAUGUUUCUAUCAACUCUGAAACUGGAGUUCUGUAUGCAGCGCGCUCUUUUGACUAUGAACAAAUUAAAGCACUGCAGCUAGUUGUUAAAGCUCAAGAUGGAGGCUCUCCUCCCCUAAGUAGUAAUGUGAGUGUGAAAAUACUGAUCCAGGACCAGAACGACAACGCCCCUCAGGUUCUGUAUCCAGUCCAGACUGGUGGUUCUCUGGUGGCUGAAAUGGUGCCUCGUUCAGCAGAUGUGGGCUAUCUGGUCACUAAAGUGGUAGCUGUUGAUGUGGACUCUGGACAGAAUGCCUGGCUCUCCUAUAAACUACAGAAAGCCACAGACAGGGCGCUGUUUGAAGUGGGCUUACAGAAUGGAGAAAUAAGAACUAUCCGCCAAGUCACUGAUAAAGAUGCUGUGAAACAAAGACUGACUGUUAUAGUGGAGGACAACGGACAGCCUUCUCGUUCAGCUACAGUCAUUGUUAACGUGGCGGUGGCGGACAGCUUCCCUGAAGUGCUCUCGGAGUUCACUGACUUUACACACGACAAGGAGUACAAUGACAACCUGACUUUUUACUUGGUCUUGGCUUUGGCUGUGGUUUCCUUUCUCUUCAUCACGUGUUUAGUGGUGAUCAUAUCAGUGAAAAUCUACAGAUGGAGACAGUCUCGUAUCCUGUAUCAUUCCAGUCUCCCGGUGAUCCCAUAUUAUCCACCACGGUACUCAGACACUUUGGGGACAGGGACUCUCCAGCAUGUGUACAAUUACGAGGUGUGCAGGACCACUGACUCCAGAAAGAGUGACUGUAAGGUCGGCAACGCUGGUAGUCAGAACGUUCUGAUAAUGGACCCCAGUUCUACAGGGACCAUGCAGCGAAUACAGAGUGAAAAGAGCAUCCUGGAUGAACCAGACUCUCCACUGGAGGUGAGUUCUAUCAGAACCACAUCACAUGUGGUUGUUCAGGAAUGUUUAUUUUAGCUUGUUAGAUUUGAUCAGCACCACCAAAAAGGACAGCACCACUGAAGAUGAGAGCAGAGAGACUGACACAAGACUAAGUAACAUAUUCUUAGACCUUAUUUCAGACUGUUGCAAUUAGCAUUCUGGAGUGAGUUGAAAUUGAAGGCAUGAUAUGAAUUGUUGGGGAAUGUCUUCAAUUGAAUUAAAUACAGCAAUUCUGCAUUAUUAUCGACCAUUCAAUAGUUAUC